UGGUGCAGUGCAAACCGCCCGCUCAUCCUCACCGAUGGUGUGCAGAACAAGGGGGACAUAAAAAAAAAACCUUCUGAAACUAAAAACAUCCACAUCCCUUUUCUUAAACAAACAAAAAAAAAUCACCAACAAAAAAUUCAUCAUGAGCUACGAUUCCUUCUACUCCUACCGCCGCCCUUGGGACAGCUACAGAGGCUCCCAGUCCACCACCAAAUCCUCCAUGUCCUCCUCCCUCUACUCUACUCCUCGAGCUCCUCCGUCUGGGAAGAGGAUCCUGAGGCUGGCCUCCUCUUCCCUGCCAGACGGGUCAGAGCGGAUGGACCUGGCUCAGGCCAGCACUCUUAACACGGAGCUGCUGGGCCUGCGCUCCCAGGAGAGGGAGCAGCUAGUGGACCUGAACGACCGCUUCGCCACCUACAUUGAGAAGGUGAGGCACCUGGAGCAGCAGAACCGAGCCCUGCUGGCCGAGCUGGAUGCGCUGAGGAGAAGGCAAAACGACCCGUCCCACCUGCAGACGCUCUAUGAGGGGCAGUCCCGGAGUUUGAGGGCCAUGAUAGACUCGGAGAACGGGGAGAAGAUGAAGAUGGAGGCGGAGAGAGACUACCUGCGAGAUGUGUAUGAGCAGAUGAAGGAGCGCUUUGAGGAUGAAGCGAGGCGGCGCAUGGAUGCUGAGGAGGCCUUGCAGAGGGCCAGGGAGGAGGCCAGCAGGGCCGUGCUCUCCAACUGUGACGCCGAGGCCAAUGUAGUCUCUCUCUGUGAUGAGAUGGUGUUCCUGAAGAAAGUCUUUGCAGAGGAGCAAGUGGAGCUGCAGGCCCAGCUGCAGGUGGCUAACAUCAGCGUGGAUAUGGAGGUGUCCCGGCCUGACCUCUCCACCGCCCUGCGAGACAUCCGGGCACAGUACGAGCGGCUGGCGAACAAGAACAUGCAGGCCGCUGAGGACUGGUACAAGAGCAAGUUCGCGAGUGUGGCGGAGAUGGCCAGCAAAAACAACGAGGCCGUGCACGCCAUCCGGGAGGAGACCAUGGAGUACCGGCGACUGCUUCAGUCCCGAUCCUCUGAGAUCGAAUCUCUCCGGAACGUCAUCGACUCCCUACAUAAGCAGCUGGAGGAUCUGGAGGACACGCAGUCCAAAGAGGUGGCAAAGUACCAGAUGAGGAUAAGUGAGCUGGAGCGGGAUAUCACCGACGCCAAGCAUGAGAUGGCGCGCUACCUGAGAGAGUACCAAGACCUUCUCAAUGUGAAGAUGGCCCUUGACAUUGAAAUAGCUGCGUACCGGAAACUUCUGGAGGGGGAAGAGAUUCGUCUGGCUUAUCCUUCCUUUUCCGCCCUAAACUAAAACCUGAAUGCCGCCAGCCUGGCAUCAACCUGAAUUCUUCACACCCAUUCUUUCCUGUCCUGACCUGAACAUCACCCCUCUCCCUCCCUCAUUUGUUAUACGUUCUCCCCUCUGUCAUCCACCCCCCCAAUCCCACCCCCAAAAUACUCCCUCCAUCCUUUACUCCUCCCAAAACCCAAACGCAAACUAAAGCUCAUCGUUCUCAAGACAGAUGCGCCCUUGUGCUAAACAAGAGGUCCACCAGAAGUCCCCCUUCUUCUACACACGUUCUGACACCGCACAUCAAGAAGAUGGCAAACUGUAAAAUGCAGAGUGGCUGCACUGCAUUAGUUACAUAGCUAAGUCGGACAGCUGUAUUGCUUUGGCUGAGUUCCUCUCCGUCACACACGUUAAGGUCCAAGCAGCAGAGUUACUAUUUGACUCUUCUGUUGUGCAAACAUUUGACCAAUUGUUUGUGAAGGAGGACAAAUAUCCCUUUUAUCUCUCGAUGCUUGGACUUUAUCUGUGUUUGAACUGAUGCAAGAAACCUGCAGCGUUAUUGACCGGGAACUCUCCCAAUCGAUCAUGCAUUGUCCUGCAACCCUGGUUCUCUAGUAGUCAGUGAACCAGUAACCUUAAAACAUUUCUUUUCACUAUAUUAAAAGACCCAUUUUUGUCCUUUUUAGUUAUUCUUCCUCUGCAUUUACGCAAAUACUACAAGUUUAGGUUGGUUUAAAAACCAGAGUGAGUUUGGGUCUUUCUAUUCGGCCGGUUAUUUAAAUUUCUAAUGUCUUUUCUUGCAUAAGCUUCUGGACAUGUAAAUGCUGUGGAAGACUAAAUUGUUACUGGGUUCUCCUUUUACUCAUGCAGUGUGUCUCACAGCGUAUCUGCAUUAGAUUUGUUUUCUGUUCUGUGAGUUCAUUCAAAGCUAAACGAUGGAACGGAAACGGAAGUGCAGGAGCUCCUUGUUGUUUGUCUGCUGAUGUUACAUCUAGAUGGCGCUUUUACAUCCGUGAAACUAAUACAAAGUCUGCACCAUUAUGUUCGGUGUAACUGUAACAGCCGGCAACAAGCUGAAUAAACAUAUAACUGACCUGCAAAUCA